GGUAAUCCUGCCCGGGGUCUUAGUCUCGGGUUUGCUCCGCCGACACUUGAAGCCCGGACUCGAAGCGGUCUCCUGGUCGAGCUUCGCCUUCGCCAUGGCCCUCAGCGAUGCAGACGUGCAGAAGCAGAUUAAGCACAUGAUGGCUUUCAUCGAACAAGAAGCCAAUGAGAAAGCAGAAGAAAUAGAUGCAAAGGCAGAAGAAGAAUUCAACAUUGAGAAAGGUCGUCUUGUGCAAACCCAAAGACUGAAGAUUAUGGAAUACUAUGAGAAGAAAGAAAAGCAGAUUGAACAGCAGAAGAAAAUUCAAAUGUCCAAUCUGAUGAAUCAAGCCAGACUCAAAGUCCUCAGAGCAAGAGAUGACCUCAUCACUGAUCUGCUAACUGAGGCAAAGCAAAGACUCAGCAAGGUGGUAAAAGACACAACCAGAUACCAGGUGCUGCUGGAUGGGCUGGUCCUCCAGGGCUUGUACCAGCUGUUGGAGCCUCGGAUGAUUGUGCGCUGCAGGAAACAGGAUUUCCCUUUGGUGAAGGCCGCAGUACAAAAAGCAAUUCCUAUGUAUAAAAUUGCCACCAAAAAAGAUGUUGAUGUCCAAAUUGACCAGGAGGCCUACCUGCCUGAGGAAAUAGCUGGUGGCGUUGAAAUCUAUAAUGGGGAUCGCAAGAUUAAGGUUUCCAACACUCUGGAAAGCCGGCUGGACCUCAUAGCCCAACAGAUGAUGCCGGAGGUCCGGGGAGCCUUGUUUGGGGCAAAUGCCAAUAGGAAGUUUCUGGACUGAGCCUGGGGAGGUGCGCUUCAUCGAGGCUGUGCUGGAGAAGCAGAUAUCUGCGUGGCUUCCUCUUUCUGUUCUAAUCCUGGUAAUCAGUGGAUACCCUCUGCAGCUCAUGCCCAGUGUCAACAGAAGGGCCAGGCCACUUGGUGUGGACAGGAGCCUAGCCCCAGCUCAUCUGAUGGCACAGCUGUGCACUGGUUCUGAGCAGGGCGGGAGGGGUCAGAUGAUGCUGCGUGGCCUCCCCAAGGACCCAUUCCUUCUCUGCUCCUAGUCAUCUAGAGUGAGUUGUGCAUGCUGUCCCCUGCUCUUCGGGUGCAAAGUGCAUGCGGGGCUCGCAUUCCUCCAACAACACCAGCUUCACUGUUACUAUUUGGGUCUGGUUUUCCUUAUCUGUAAACGUGAUUUAAAA